AUGACAAUUAACAAUAUAUUAAAUAAUACAACAAUUAAUAAUGACACUAGAAUAUCACAAUUAUACAAUACAAUUAAGCAGUUUAACAAAUUAGACUUAGUUCAAUUAGAUCCAUCUUCAUAUACAAAUGACCGAAAAUUUCAAUAUUUACUAAUAAUUAUUAAAUUUGAAUUCUUAUUAACUAAUUAUCCAGAUGAAAGUCAAUUAAUAGAUAAAUUAAAUAUAGAAUUAACUACUACAAAUAAUACAACAUCAACAUCAACAGGAGAUUAUUUAGAUACGUUUAUAAAAUUAAAAUCAUCAGAUUUAUUAACUGAUUAUCAAUUUUUAUAUACACAAGAACAACCAAAUUUAAUAAAUUUAAUUAAUAAAAAAAUUGUAAUUAUUAAUUCAAUUACUGAUAAAUCGUUAUCAUUAUCAAUUAUUUCAAGUAUACAAAUUAAAAUUUUACAAUUAUAUUUACUUUCAAACUUUGAUUUCAGGAAAAAACAAAUCAAAAAUUAUUUAAUUGAGAACCUAUCAGAAGAAUAUAAUGAAUAUUUGACAGAUUCUUCCCCAUUUGUAACUUUUGAACUUUUUCAAAGCUAUUGUACAGAUCAAUUUGGUUAUGGUAGUUUUUUUCAGAUUUUUCAUUCAGAUAUUUUAAUUUCAAAUUGGAUUGAGAAUAAUAUUGUGAAUUUGAAUAACUACUACAAGUCAAUUAAAAUUGAGACAAUUUAUAAGUUAUUAAAUAUUGAUACAGAUUUUAAUAUUGAAUCACUAUUAUUUAAAUUAAUUAUUGAACAGAAGUUGAGUAAUGGUUCAAAAAUUGAUCAAAUUAAUAAAAUAUUAAUAUUUGGUGAUGAAUUUGAAAAUAAAAGUAAUAAUAGUUUGAAUAAUCAUGUAAAGAAGAUUGGGAAAUUAGUUAAUGAAAUUUAUGUAAAUAUAUAA